CUCAGUAGUCUGCAGAGUAUCAACUUCCAAUGGCAUAAGCUGCCAGCUGCCAUGGUUGGAUCUGAGCUGCGCUUUGCUACUGAUGAGGGCGCGGUGUUGGUGCAUCAGCCCCACCGGCAGGAUGCUCAACGAAGCCGCGUGCACUGCACUGUUUCAGGAGCUGCCUUUGAUCUGUGGCGGCUGUCUGCCGCACCGCCUGGUGGGGGACGAACUGCGGGACUCGUCUCUUUGGAGGCACUCGAGGCCGUGCAGCGCGAGGCCGACUUCGCCCAGCGUGCAGGCCGACAUCCAAACAUAGUACGUUGUCAUGGUGUCCUCGUGCAGAAUGAGGGAGCCGUGCACUCGAAGCUCUUGCUGUGUGAGCCUUGUGUGUUUGAUCUGGCAACCCACACAGCUUCUAGCUCUUCUUUGCCUUCGCGUGAGGUUUCAGAUCUUGGCCAAGAGCUGGCUUUUGGACUUGGGCAUCUUCACAACCUGGGAAUCUUGUACGGUGGAUUUGAUGCGAGUGGAAUCUUCAGAGGUCAUGAUGGCUUGUGGAAGCUCCGCGACUUCUGCCGUGCAGCGCUGCUACCUGUGGCAGCCUCCGAGUGGCGCGCGAGAAGCCACGCACGGCCUCAGGAGGCACCCCCAGAGGCCCGUGGCAGUACGGACGAUGCUCUGAAGCCGGAGGCGGACGUUUGGAUGCUGGGCUCUUUCCUGUCCUCUCUCGUCUCCGGACUUCCGCAAGGCACUGGGGCUUUGGCCAUUGCACCUCAACAGCUAGUGGAUGCUGCUGUCGCACGCCUUUGUCUCCUACUUCAAUGGCUCAUGGCAGAGGCGCCCGAGGAGAGGCCGUGUGCUGGAGAGGCAGCAGCUCUGCUGGGCGCUCUGACGUUCACUCCGCCCCAGGAGAUCCUGGCAGAGAUGCCACUGCGGGAACAGCGACGGGUCUGUAGCAUGGCUGUUGCAGCUGCGCGUCAGCGCGCAGUGGACUUGGCAGUGGCACAGCCAUCAGACAUCGCAGACAUUGCAGAGUUGCCAUUGGAGAGGUUGCGGGUGCUUGGUGAAGAGAUCAAUCAAAUCCUGGACAAUUGCGGGAUGGAUGUUGCUUUUAGACCAGACAAUGCACCAGAACUUGAAGCUCAAGCAGAUCAAGCAGUGCCUACGCCUUGUGCAGGUCCCACCUUUGGGCAUUGAUGGGCAUUGAUGGAUUUGGGAUGAUUUGCUUUGGCACGUUUUGA